AUGGAAUCCUUCGAGAGAAUUUGGAACGAUGCGACAGUGUGGCGAACGAUCUGGAUUGGAGCUGGGAUCUUGGCUUUGGUUCCAAUCACCUACGCCUAUCGGUAUCGAAAGUCGAUCCGUCGUCGUCUGGAUCAGAUUGAAGACAAGCUGUCUCAUCAGGGGAUCAUGGUGCGGGAUCCGACCCUGGUGGAUGCCAUCUCGGGUGGUGAGAACAGUAAAGAACGUUUGUCAUCACGAGGAGGGCCUCUCCGAGAAAUCCGAUGCCUGGAACUCAAUGAGAAAUUUGUCAAACUCCACCGAGACAGAUGGAAGCUCAUGAGUCUCGGCGAAUACUUGACCUCCCUUCGGCCUUCCUUGCCCGGAUCUUCCAAUGAAAACGAAGAUGAUAAAGGAUUUGGUGGCAAGCUACCCCAAUUCAUAGAGAUGGAACUCGAGACGACCAUUGGCGCAGUUCUUUUGCGUGCGUUGGGCCGGCGAUUUGGAGGCGCCGUUCUGCCGUUGCUGGGCAUUACGGAUAUCCAAUCCAGAACCGCCAAAAUUGCCACUUCGAUUGCCAGUUGGUGGGUAUCACAUUAUGUGGUCCGAGAUCAUCUGGAACAGAAAAAACAACAGCUACUCCAGGAUGCUGGGACUCUGCCCUUGAAUCUAAGCGAAAUGGUUGCAUUUGCCAAUCUCAAUGAGAAAUUUGUGCCUUCCAUGAUGGAGGUCAAGUCCCUGGAGUGGAUGCGAAGGGGAGAAGUGGGGUAUUCACCAACGUUUGGAAAGCCACUGGCCAAUGAGGAAGAGAACAAUGAAUCUGACGACAAAGACAACACCGAGAAGAGUCCGGACUUGAUACCAAAUCCCUUUGUUGUCUCGCUUCACUGGCACGCGGCCAUUGAAGGCUUGGAAUCACUCCUGAAAUCAGGUGAUACAACAACCUUCCCGGAUACUCCCAAUGCCGAGGCUAGGGAGAGCAUGGUCGAGUAUGACCCCGAGGAUCGUUCCUUCCCAGAGCCGUCGCCCAUUAAUGAACGGCUACUGCCGGAUCUCCAUUUGGGAUGGGGCGACGCUCAAUGUACACAUACCAAACGAGAAAUUGUUGCCAAUCGGCUCAUGUGUGUCUUAUUCAACAAACUAUCCUAUAACUACUACAAGAGAGAACAGAAAGAAUCGGACUUGUUUGUUGUGAAAAUGGACGAAAGUGCAAACGCGAAAGCAGUAAUCUGUCCUCAGAGCUUUUUGCAGGCGCUCUUGGAUGCAGGUCACCAUGUGGAAAUGUGCCCACGGUCUCACAUUACAUCUUUUGGAGUGGCUCUGUGUGUCAAGGAAAAGGACGGCUGGACCAACGUCCCUAUCGGGCUCUUUCUGCGCUCGGGGUAUGAAAGCAAAGAUGAUCGCAUGGCCCAAUAUGUGAUGCCCCAUGGCGGCAUGGAUCUGCAUAUUACAGGACCUUUGAUUGGCAAGGACCCCGCUGGAAAAAAUCGAAAUCUCGACAUUCAGUUUUACAUGGCAAUAGAGGGAAUGUGCGGAUGGCACUCCAAUCACAAUGCAGCUGUUCCAUGGCUUCAGGACACAUCGACCACCGACGUGUACACUUUGCCUCAAACUCUGUUGGCCAUGAAGUUGGCAGGUAUUCUCGCUGUCACAUUCAACGCAUUAGGAUCAGAUCUACCAUUUGGAGGAUACGGUGUCUUGGGCGUUUGCAACGACACAGCGGCCCUCUUGGAUUUUGGCGUUCGGGGCGAAACCAGCAUGUUUCCUCUUGUCUCUACUGGCAGAUUCAUGAUCAAGUCGGGAAGACGACUCAUCCAAAUGUACAAGAGUAUACGGGAGUUGGAAGAAGAAGAACAGAACUUUGAGCAGGACAUUGGUCGGCUCAUUGCGGCGUGCUGCAAAAUCCCAUCGGAUAUACAGGCCAGCCCAGCCAACUUGAUCAACUCGUCCGCGCGGUUUCUGGCCAGCCAACCUGAGACGCUCUGUUUCCAACUGGAAUUGGAAAGCAAGAGCAUCAUGACCAAUCUCAAGGCAAUAUUCCAUGAUUUUGACGAGAAUAUUCGUUCACUGGGAUCCUUUUGA